AGGCUUUCCUCUCUACAGAACAGAGGCCCAUUCUCUCCAGGACACACAUUUGCACAAAGAGGGUGCGCAGGCUUCCAUGAUGUCGGCCCCUGCCUCUGGGCCCCACCCUCCUCCUUACCUGCUGCUGGCUGUGCUGUUGGGACUCACAGGUGUGGCAGGUGAAGCGGAGCUGCAGGUGAUCCAGCCUGAGAGGUCGGUGUCUGUGGCAGCCGAGGAGACGGCCACUCUGCGCUGCACUGUGACCUCCCUGCACCCCAUCGGGAAGGUGGAGUGGUUCAGGGGGACGGGGCCAGACCGGGAGUUAAUCUUCAGUUUCCGAGGAGGAUACCACCCACCGUCUCGAGUAAUAAAUGUUGCAGACGCCACAAGGAGAAACAACACGGACUAUUCCAUCCGCAUCAGUAAUAUCACCCCAGCAGACACGGGAACCUACUACUGUGUGAAGUUCCAGAAAGGGACCCCUGAUACGGAGUUUAAGUCUGGACCAGGCACCCAGGUCACCGUGAGUGCCAAACCCUCUCCCCCCGUGGUGUUGGGCCCCACGGCCAGGGUCGCGCCCCAGCAGCCAGUGAGCUUCACCUGCGAGUCCCACGGCUUCUCCCCCAGAAGCGUCACCCUGAAAUGGUUCAAAAACGGGAACGAGCUGCCAGCCUCCCGGACCACCGUGGACCCAGAGGGAGACAGCGCUUCCUACAGCGUCUCCAGCAGCGCCACGCUGGUGCUGGCCCCGGGGGACGUCCGCUCCCAGCUCAUCUGCGAGGUGGCCCACGAAACACUGCAGGGGGGCCCUCCUCUUCGUGGGACGGCCAACCUGUCCGACACCCUGCGAGUUCCACCCACCGUGGAGGUUGCCCAGCAACAACCCACGACAGGGGACCUGGUGAAGGUCACUUGCCAAGUAAAGAAGUUCUACCCCCAGCACCUCCAGCUGACCUGGUUGGAGAAUGGAAAUGUGUCACGAACAGAAACGGCCUCCUCGGCCUUGAACCUCAUAGAGAACAAGGAUGGGACCUUUAACUGGAUGAGCUGGCUCCUGGUGAACGUAUCCGCCCACACGGAAAAUGUGGUUCUCACCUGCCAGGUGCAGCAUGACGGGCAGCCCGCGGUCACCAAAAACCAUACCCUCAUGGUCUCUGCCCAGCAGAAGGACCAGGAAAUACUUGCAACCCAUGAUCGAGAACUGUCCACUCCACUCCUGGUGGUUCUCUUCCUGGGCCCCAAGCUGCUGCUGCUCGUCACUGUCUCUGCCAUCUAUGUCCACAGGAAGCAAUGGAUUGACUGUGGAUUAUGGACAAGGAGGGCAGGGCAAGGUCCAUCCCAGAAGGACCCAGGUUUGAUCCUAAAAGUACUCCCUCAAAAUCACUUGCUUGUUAAUAUUCAUCUCAACAUCCAUUUCCCAGGGAACCCAAUGUGGAACAAGAGACUGUGCCACUUCCCCCAAUAAAACCAAGUGGAAAACACAGAGGUCAACCAAACAGACGAUUCCAUCCUCAUCAGUGACGUGUCACCCAAGGACAUGGGCAGCUAUUCCUGUGUGAAUUUAACAUUAGGGCAUCCUGAGGUGCCGUAUGUAUCUGCUUCAAGCUCCUUAUUUCUGUGAAAGGUGAGUAUAGCCGGACAAUGUCCAUCACCUUGGUAAGUAAAACUAAAUUUUUCAAAAUUGGAAACAUGUACCGAAUUAUCAGUACACACUGGAUACCGAGCCCCUUCAGCUACAAACAACCCUGUAGGCUGGGAUUCUACACAUGGCCCUUCUGUCUGUCUAGGGCCCUUUGCCCAAUAUUGAAUCAGGCCAUGUGACAGACCAUCUGAUGACCCAGCUACGAAACCUGAACACAGGAUAAGAAAAACUCCAAAUCAAAAGACACUCAAUAGGUUAAAUAUAACUGCAUGUGUGCACUGAACAGUCCAAAAAGUUGUUAAACUGAGCCUACAAGUCUGUCUGGUCUUUCUGAGGUUUAAGGACAAACCUGAGCUCAAGAAUAUGCAGUGUGUCUUUUUGAAGUACUUCCUGUCUCCAAACAUAAGUCACAGACACUGUGGCCCCAUAAGAGCCUCUGGAUAGGGAUGGAAUCUCAACAUGAGGAAUGUUAGCCCCAAGUCUAAUAUCUCCUGGGACAAAGCAAAGGGAUCCACAGACAGAUAGAACCUCUACAAGCCCUCAAAAUUCCACUCACUCAUUUCUAACUAGAAUGUCAUUGGGGCCUGGUGACAGCUCCCUGAAGAGUCAACACAAUGCAGUGAAGACAUCGUUCCCCACACAGAAAAUACAUGAGUGCCUAUGGUCUACUACUAUGACUUCUGGGGAACCAAGAAACCAGCAGAAAGGUUCCUUUUUUCCUCAUUAUGAACACAUUCUACUGCACAGUUGAAAAUCCACGUGAAAAGAGCUCUGGAAGUCGUUACACCAUAAUUUCAGGAGCCAGGAAUCAUAAAUGCAUAUACCCUUGGAUUGGGGUGUCCAAUUCGCAUGACAGUAAAAUAAGCUGUGUCUGUCAUAAUCCCAGUUUUGUCCCUUGUGACCUUGGGCAGAUUACUGAACCUCUCCAGACUGAAGAUCCUUCCUAUGUAAAAUCUCAGUAUCUUGGAGUCAAAAAGAUGUAGAGUCUGUGAAUCUUAAAAUCUUAGAAUUAUCAAUUCAUUGAGUGAGUCAACUGACUUGUAGGUUCUUAAAUGGUAUUUAAUAUUCAUCUUUGCAUCUUUCAUGGCCAAAGUGGAAAAAAAGAGAGAGCAAGAUUUUGAGACUUUCAUCGAUCCCAUUCAUUCUUUCAUCCAUGCAUUCUCCCAUCCAAUCAUGCAUCAAGCAUUCACUCACUCAAUGCACACUCUCAUUCAGCCACGCAUUUACCUAUGGAAGAACCUGUUAACAAGUACCUGAAUCCUCCUUUGAGGCAGCCCCUGGGCAGAUGACUAUUUUCAAGGAGCUCCCUGACUCCCACCGUGGACUUCCUGUAGUAAUUGUCUGCUUUCUCUGGGCUGUGUCAGUUCCCACUACAGUGACAGUGUCCCAGUCUUCACCUUCCUCAGACUUGGUGGCUCUAUCUGCUAUGUGGGGAGAUUCUAUCCACAUUUGAGCCAAACAUAUGGCUGAAUCUAUUUGUCUACCUCUGUCAUCGUGUAUAUGCCACUUCUCCAGGGAUGAUGAGGUUGCUUGAAAACUGACAAAGAGCCAAUAGAGAAAUAUAAUGGUAUAUCUUGGAAGUAUGUCCUUUGGUUGUGAUUCUUUUGGAGAAUA